AAACGACCGAGCGCCUUCCAAGACACCGUCGUUGCUGCCAUGUGGGCUUUACUGGUGGUUUACUGUCUUUGACCUUUUUUCUGUACAUCUGCACCUUGCACAUAUUUCACCGCGUCUCUAUUGCUUUUAUCGAGAUGGUUGGGUUGUUCCCCGCAUCAACGCAAGAGAGGUCAUUGUUAUGAAGAUGUUUGCGCAGUGCAAGCCACCGAUAUGGCGUACCGAUGAUCUGAGCCUUUGCUUCCAAGCAGACUACCUUGAGACAUUGUUCCCCUUAUUGGCAUGCGCCAUUUCAUUUCUACUCCUCCUAUCGCAAUUAAUCCUGCAAAGAGUACAAAAGCAAUCGCGGAAACGUCACUCAAUUCUGGUCGAUAUCAGCGACGAGGACGAAACCUCGAUCGACGCAGACGAAGAUGAUGAUGACAGCCUAGCUAGGCUGACACUGCAAAAGACAUACAGUCAUGGCCACCAUGGAACGAAAGACGUGGAUAGACCUACUGGAGAAGUCUUCCUGGUCACAAUCGAAUUCCUGUUGGUGCUGGGUCAACUGGUGCUCAACAUCGUCAAUACACUCGAUACAUCAAAUCGCAGGAGAAGGGCAUCUAUAGCAGAGACCACCGUGUCUGCAUAUCUUUCCAUACUUGCGGGGUCUCGACUGCUUGCUACAACCACAACAUGGGCGAUCCCCGUCAAGCACCUCUGGGAUCACAGCGCCCUGCUUUACGCAACACAAUGGCUUACUCUGGUCUGGGUUUUCCGAUCUGUUCUCGUUCACCCGGUUGACCGUCUGCUGCAAAUCACGACAAUAAUCUCCUUCGUCAUUACAAGCAUCCUUGUCCUGAUUACACUGUGCUCUCGAAAAGGGAACCGGGGCGUGCUCCUGGAAUAUGAAGGCGACAUCGAGCCAUCUCGGGAGCCGUUGGCUAGUAUCCUCUCGCAUGCCACCUUCACCUGGGUCGAUCCAAUAGUCUGGAGGGGUUACAAGAGGACGCUUGAACUAACCGAUGUCUGGAACGUGGCUUUGGCCGACAAAGCUGAGACAGUCCUGGCUCAUUUCCGUCAGAUCAAGAAGACCCAUCAACUCGCUGUUCGACUCCUCCUACAUUUCAAGACCGAACUUCUCAUACAAGGCGCAUGGGCUAUGCUGGGAAGUAUUUUCAUGUUUGUCCCCACACUACUGUUGAAAGCCAUCCUCGAAUAUCUGGAGGAUUCGGACAAGACUCCAAUCAGUGCAGCAUGGUUAUAUGUUGUGCUUCUUUUCGCUACCGGCGCAAUACAGGCGGUCAGUGAUGGCCAAGGAUUGUGGAUCGGAAGGAAGAUAUGUAUUCAACUACGCGCGAUCAUCGUGGGCGAAAUCUACUCAAAAACCUUGCGAAGAAAGGCCGCGGCGAGCACCGAUGACGACGCAAAGGAGCCGCCGAAGGACAAGCAACCGCUCUUGGCCAAGGUCAGGUCAUUCUGGACUCUGCGAGGGAAAAAGGCCCGGGACGGGCUCCAGCUUGACUCCAGUCUUAAGAAGGCUGCUAGCACACAGGCCAAUAACGGGACUAUCAUCAACCUCAUGUCUAUCGACUCCUUCAAGGUGGCUGAGAUUUGCUCAUAUCUCCACUUUCUCUGGGCAGCUACUCCAGUGCAGCUUGCCAUGGCUGUCGGGUUACUGUACAGAGUUCUGGGCUUUAGCUCUUUCGUGGGCAUUGUGCUCAUGGUUCUCUUACUACCACUCAACUUCUACAUUGCAAAUUCCUUUCAAGCCGCACAGAAAAGGAUUAUGACCGCUACUGACGCCAGGAUCCAUGUGACCAACGAAGUGCUUCAGAACAUCCGAAUCAUCAAAUACUUUGCUUGGGAACAGCGCUUCCAGAACAACGUCAACGAGAAAAGGAGAAUAGAAUUGUCUGCGCUGUGGCGAAAAUACGUCUUGUGGGCGAGUGCCGCGACUAUCUGGAGCGGUGUCCCGAUCAUAAUCACCUUCGCUUCUUUCCUCAUUUACACAAAGGUUGAAAGGCGCCCGCUUGUGCCAUCGGUUGCGUUUCCAGCUUUGUCCAUGUUUUCUCUCCUGCGCAUACCACUGGAUCAAUUGGCAGAUAUGGUGGCGCAUAUCCAGGAGUCCAAAGUAUCGGUGGAUCGGGUUGAGAAGUUCCUCGAAGAAGAGGAAACAGAGAAAUACAGUCAAUUGCGCCAAAGCAAAAGACGGAGUCUCCCGACCACUCGUAUCGCCCUUGAGAAUGCCACCUUGACGUGGAGCACAAGUUCCUCGGACGCAACAGAAGCAUUCCGCCUGAUCAAUGCGAGCGUGGACUUCCCAAUCGGCCAAUUGAGUGUAAUAGCUGGCCCAACCGGGUCCGGCAAAACGUCUUUGCUUAUGGCUCUACUCGGUGAAAUGCAACUGCUCAGCGGAAGUGUCUACAUCCCAGGAGGCUCGGUGCGGCAAGAUCUGCGACCUGCCACCAUCACGGGUCUAACAGAGAGUGUAGCAUAUUGCGCCCAACAAGCCUGGCUUGUUAACGCCACUAUCAAGGACAACAUCCUCUUUGCCAGCCACUAUGAUGAGGAUCGUUAUCACGAGGUCAUCUCGGUGUGUGCACUUGAGCGGGAUCUGGAAAUCCUGGAUGCAGGUGACGCAACCCUGGUCGGGGAGAAAGGUAUAACCAUGUCUGGAGGCCAGAAGCAAAGAAUAUCACUGGCAAGGGCUAUCUACUCGAAUUCAAAGCAUCUGCUUCUCGAUGACUGCUUGAGCGCUGUGGAUGCGCACACUGCGAAACACAUAUUCGAGGAGGCCCUUACUGGCGACUUGAUGGCGCAUCGUACCUGCAUCCUGGUCUCACACAAUGUUGCAUUGACCGUGCCGUUCGCGGCUCAAGUGGUGGUCUUGGAAAACGGUAAAAUCACGUCCCAAGGAACGCCAGAACAGGUUGCUCAAAGCGGUGCGCUUGGUGAUGAACUUCUCAAGUCUCGGCCUGUCUCAAGAGGGACCUCUCGUGCACCUUCGAGAGUGCCAUCCAAUUUAGAAGAAGAGACUUCAAAGCUGUCAGGAGGUAAUGGACCAGUGACUUCAGAGUCUGGCGGAAAGACUGCCAGAAUAAAAGCGAUGCUCAAUAAACCAGAAAGGUCAUUUGUUGACACCCGGAUCGAGGCCAAGGCCACAGGAAGUGUCAAGCUCUCAACAAUCAAAAUGUAUCUUCAGGCUAUGGGCCCUUGGUGGUACUGGAUUUUUGCCGCCUUUGGUUUCAUCGCCACACAAGUUGGCUCGGUAGCAACGAAUGUUUGGAUCCGACAAUGGGCGAAUGCUUACCAUCUGCGACGUACAGAUAGGGCUCAUGCGGCAGUCCAUGGAUUUCAUCAUGUUCAUUCCAUGACAUCAACUUCCAACCUUGGAGGAUCCUCCCUUCAAACACCACAGACUGCACCUGGAUUCUGGGUUUUGGAGAAGGUGUAUGAUGUCGAUGCAUGGUAUUACCUUGGAAUCUAUGCGCUUAUCGGCCUGGCGUACGUCGCGAUUUGUUUCGGAAGAGAGAUCAUCCUCUUCUUGGGCUCGCAACGUGCAUCAUGGCAUCUCCACGAGAAGUUGUUGACAAGCAUCUUGCGCGCAAAGUUUCGCUUCUUUGACUCUACGCCGCUCGGCCAGUUGACGAACCGAUUUUCGAAAGACAUCCAAGCAUUGGAUCAAGAAGUGGCUCCCGUUGCGAUAGGUUUGCUUCACAGUGCUGCAUCGGUCUUGACCAUUGUUAUCCUCAUCUCCGUCAUCACGCCAGCUUUCCUGAUCCCGGGCUUCUUCAUCACGAUCAUGUAUGUCCUCACUGGCCUUUUGUACAUUCGAUCGUCACGCGAUCUGAAGCGAAUCGAGGCCGUGCAGCGGAGCCCACUGUUCCAGCACUUUGGCGAGACGCUAUCGGGCGUGGUGACCAUUCGAGCUUAUGGCGAUGAGUCCAGAUUCAUACAGGAGAGUCACCUGCGAGUAAACACCCAUAAUCGGCCAUUCAUCUAUCUGUGGGCCACUAACAGAUGGCUCGCCUUUCGGAUCGACAUCGCUGGAGCCUUCGUUUCAUUCUUCUCGGGGAUGUUUGUAGUCCUCAAGGCGGGUAGUAUCGACCCUGGAGCAGCAGGUUUGGCUCUGUCAUACGCCAUCACGUUUACCCAAAACGUUCUAUGGCUUGUCCGAUUGUAUGCCUCGAACGAGCAGAACAUGAACGCGGUUGAGCGUCUUCAAGAGUACAUUAAUGUUGAGCAGGAAGCAUCGGCAAGCAUCCCCGAGACACAGCCUGCUUCCAAUUGGCCUUCGCAUGGAGCUGUCGAGUUCAUUGGAUACAGCACACGGUAUCGAACCGACCUCGACCCAGUAUUGAAGAGAGUGACAUUCCGCAUCGACCCUGGACAGAAAGUCGGGAUCGUCGGGAGAACCGGGGCUGGCAAAAGCUCGCUUGCGUUAGCCUUGUUCCGUGGUCUUGAAGCAGAAGAGGGCAAGAUUCUGAUCGACGAUGUUGACAUUGGACUCAUUGGCUUGCAAGAUCUGCGCGAGGCUAUCACAAUUGUUCCACAAGAUCCCACCCUAUUCACUGGUACUCUCAGGUCCAAUCUGGAUCCCUUUGAGCUAUUCACCGAUGAGGAAAUCUUUACGGCACUUCGACGGGUUCAGCUAAUAUCCGGCCCCAAAGGCACGUCUGAUCGCUCAGGUGAUACGUCUCCCUCGGAACCAUCAAGCCAUUCUCCAACUCUUCGCGUUAAUGGCACCAAUACCGAUCAUCAGUUGUCCGCGAAUGGAACAAUCAACUCCGAAUCAACCCUGGUGCAGGUGCCCAGUAAUGCCAGAGACAACAAGAACGUAUUCCACGAUCUAAUGUCGCCAAUAGCAGAAUCAGGCUCUAAUCUAUCUCAAGGACAACGGCAGUUGCUUUGCCUUGCACGGGCGCUACUCAAAGCACCAAAGAUCCUUGUCAUGGACGAGGCUACUGCCUCGAUCGACUAUGCCACGGAUUCCAAGAUCCAGGACACCCUUCGAGAACUCAAGAACAACACGAUUCUCACAAUUGCACACAGAUUGCAGACGAUCGUUGACUACGACCGAGUACUGGUUCUGGACAAGGGCGAGGUGAAAGAGUAUGCUCAUCCUUGGGAGUUGAUCCAACAGGAAGAUGGCCUUUUCAGGUCUAUGUGUCAGACCAGUGGUGAGUUUGACUCAUUGUACGAAUUGGCGAGAAAAGCAUGGGAGGACGGCAGACUCGUCGAUGAUUCCUGAAAGACUUGAAAGGUAUUCUUAAUGGGCGGUAUUCAUCCCAAGUUGUUUUGCAGGUGUUUUAGCGGGGCGGUAGCGUAUCAGGGAGGCCGAAUCAUACUUUUCAGUGUACAUAUAUAAUGCGCUGAGUGUGUAUAUAUGAUUUGACAAUGACGUUGUCGUCAGGACGAGCAGCUGUGCACUUCAAUGUCAGCUCCUAUACGUGUCCGAAGACAGCUCAGACUCCUAACACUCCUCAGCCUCGUCCGGGGGAACAGGGGGCAAGGCUGAGCCGAGACGCCUUCUUCGACCUUGUGCUGUUGCUAGUUGCUGCAGAUAUGUCACAUCUUUUUUGAUCCAGCAAUCUCUUGUCGUUCUCGGAAACGACAGAUCGAGGAUGACGCUUUUCAUGGUCAUGAACGAUGAUUCUGUCCGAAGCCGGACCGUGCUAAGGAU